UUGGUUGUAGCCUGUAGUGAUCCGCCGGGUAUGUUUGAAUCGAAAAUGAAAAGAACUGACUUGUGCUCUGAUGACUUGGAUUGUUUCUUUCUGAGUUGAUAACAAUCGAAACCCGUCUCCUUGGCAACCGCAGCUUCUUCAAUUUAGACGGUGGUCGAUCACGUAACUUAAUUAGAGCUUAUAACUUUGUGCCAGUUUUGAACUCUCCCUUUGCUUUGGAUUGCGUCCUUUAGUCAUGGAUGUCUCGACGUAUUUAUUUUUGUCUCUUUGUACGUGUCUGGCGCACGGGAAGCCCACUCUCAGGAAAGAAAGAGUUCAUCACGAGCCUGAACUGAGCAGACAACCGCACGAAGAUAACCAGAGCUAUCAGUACGACCAUGAGGCCUUUCUGGGCAAAGAGGAGGCCACCACAUUUGAUCAGCUCACCCCAGAGGAAAGCAAAGCCAGACUAGGGAAAAUAGUUGAUCGUAUUGACAACGAUGUUGAUGGAUAUAUUACCACUGAUGAACUCAAGGCCUGGAUCAAGCGAGUACAGAAGCGCUACGUCUAUGAGAACGUUGCAAAGGUCUGGUCUGACUAUGACCUGAACAAAGACAACAAGAUCUCAUGGGAUGAAUAUAAGCAAGCAACUUACGGUUACUACCUUGCCAAUCCAGAAGAGUUUGAAGAUGCAACAGACCAGUUCAGCUUCAAGAAGAUGCUUCCGCGAGAUGAACGCAGGUUUAAAGCUGCAGAUAUCAAUGGUGAUUUAGCUGCAGAGCGAGAGGAGUUCACUGCUUUCCUCCACCCAGAAGAGUUUGAGCACAUGCAGGAAAUUGUGGUUCUUGAAACUCUGGAGGACAUUGACAAGAAUGAAGAUGGUCAUGUAGAUGAGGACGAAUACAUUGCGGACAUGUUUGCUCAUGAAGAUGGUGGUCCAGAGCCAGACUGGGUUAGAACAGAGAGAGACCAGUUUUCAGAUUUCAGAGAUCUGAAUAAAGACGGGAAGAUGGAUUUAGAAGAGAUUCGUCACUGGAUCCUGCCGCAGGACUAUGACCACGCGCAGGCAGAGGCCCGGCAUCUGGUGUACGAGUCAGACACAGACAAGGACCAGAUGCUGACCAAAGAAGAGAUUCUUGAGAACUGGAACAUGUUUGUGGGCAGCCAGGCCACCAACUACGGCGAAGACCUUACCAGGAACCACGAUGAGCUGUGAGCCCAAGUGAGGGUGAGGAUCUCUACCUGAGAACGUAGGUAUCCUGGACUCAACCUACAUGGCAUUCGUUCCAUCAGAAGCCAUGCCAGUGACUGACGAACUGACUGAUGUACUGCAGCUCUACCUCACAGACUGGACAUAGAGGAAUCACUGACUGAUGGCUGUAGUCCCUAAUACACACUUCACUCUAUGUGCUUUUUGUGGGUGGUCGAGGAACUCCUCUGUCCUGGUGGAAUGAGCUGCUACAGAUUUCUUCAGCUGAUGCUGAGCCUUUUAACUCUUAACAGUUUUUUUUAGUUUUGUUUUUUUAAAGCAAUCAUGCGAUGACGCCUGUACUUCUACAAGCUGUGCCUAUUUUUGUCUGGUGUCGAUUCAUUGGAACAAGCAUUCUAUUUAUUUAGAAUUCGAUUUGAAUUUCAUUCUUUGAUAGAUAAUACAAUGCUUUUACUACAGAAGGCACUAAAAGUCAGUGUUGAAAUACAGUUAUACAUACAGUACUCUAGACAUGUAAUUAUGUUGUAGAUUAUCACAUAGUUCCCGUUGCUGGCCAAUAAUGAGUCUUAUGUUUUGACAAACUCUACAUGUUCUAAACACAGCUGCCUCUAAUGCAUUAUUUUUGUCUCUUUUUACAUUUGCACAUGUGGUCUAUUUUCUGCUCAUGUCUGGUAAAAUUCAGCCCUUUUCAGACAGUAAUUAUAACUCAGGAGUUCUGUUUUUUGGUGAACCUAGAAGUCAUAUUUUGCCAUAUGGAUUAUAUUUGAUGACACUAAUAGUGUAUGAAGAGAGUUUAUGUAUGUGCGUAUACACAACUGUUCAAAAGUUUAAGGUUAGUAUUUUUUUUCUUUUUUUUUAAAGAAAUACUUUCAUUCAGCAAUGAUUCAUUAAAUUGUUUCAAGUCACCGUAAAAACAUUAGAUUAAAAUAUAAAUGCUUUUAAAAUUGUAAUAAUAUUUCACAAUAUUACUGUUUUUACUGUACUUUUGAUCAAAUAAAUGACUUAAUUCCAAAAAAAUAUAUAUAUAUUACCCCAAACAUUUGAAUGGGUUAUGGUUAGUGUUAGUUAAUGGUUUAUACACCUGCUGUUGCCAUUUUAAUGACCCGUGUUUACAUGAUUUGCCUCUCAAAUUUCUUUCUUCUCGUAAUUCAUUAGUGAUUUUUGUGGUGGUAGCUUGAUUUUCUAGCUGUAAAUUUCUAACAUUUCUCAAUUACAAACCUCUGUUAUAUCCCAAAUCUGUAAAUGCUUAUUGCUGCACAGAGUCAGGUACAGUAGUAUGGCUUGGACACAUAGCAGCGGUCAAUAAAUAGUUUCACAACAUUUUUUUUCUUUUCUUUUUUUAAUCAAAUCCUCCUUGUAAACUCGGAGAUAUCAAUUUGGAUGGAAAUCUGUUCCCGCACACCUGGGAGUUUGUCUAAAAACAGUCAGUCAUUUUACCUGGAGCUUCUUUACAAGUGUAUUUCUCAUUAAUCUGAAGUGAUCCGCUGGAAGGUCAGUGAUGGUUCAGACAAACUGUGAAGCUGCUUAGAUGAUGGUCAAACACAUUUUCCAAUUAUUUCUCGCAGAAUUUUACCAGACAUUCAACAAUUCACUUAAAUGGCUACCAAAUUAAUUGUAAUUUUUUUUUGUCACCAAGGUUUUGUUUUGUUUUAGCCACAGAGGUUUUCUUGAAUAUGUUUAUGUUGUGAAAAUGCUUUUAAUUUAAUUUACGAAAUGAAAUGAUGCCAUGUUGUUAAAAAACUGCUGGAGAAAUGGUAAAGGAGGCAAAACAUGUUCAACUGUCUGCCAACGAAACAACAUUUUUCAUUUGAGCCAAUAUGUUCUUUUUCUCAGUGAUACUUUGCAAAAAAGUUAAAAUCUUUCAUAAAACAUUUAAAAUAGUU